UUACAGAAACAUUAUUCCAGACAAUAUACUGACGGCCUGUUUCCAAAAGACUCAGACAAGAUACGAUGUUAAAACAGAAUUUAACUCGACCAAUACAACGCUCUCCCGGUCUAUUGGUACAGCGGCUGGCACAAAUGUUUUAGGUAUUCUUUUUCUAUCCACUGUUAUUGGAAUGGCCACCAGUAAGAUGGGCGAGAAAGGAAAGAUCGUUGUAGACCUGUUCGAAGCUUUCUCAUUGAUAUUUAUUAAAAUUCUCACUUGGUUUAUGUGGUCGACACCAGUAGGCGUGGCUAGUCUGAUAGCCGUAUCAGUGGCGCAGGUCAAUGACAUUGAGGACACCUUCAACAGCCUAGGUCUCCUGGUGGUCGCCUUCUUAAUAGGAAUUCUUCUCCAACAACUUGUCCUGUAUCCGUCCGCACUGUUUAUAAUCUUCAGAAUGAACCCUCUGUAUUUUUAUUUCAAAGCAGCCAAGGCUUGGAUGGCGGUGUUUGGUCCUCCCAGCUCAGCUAUGGGAAUUCCAGAGAUUUUACGACUUUGCGAAGAAGAUUUCCACGUUGAUAAGAGAGUAUCACGGUUUACAGUGCCGUUUGGAGCCGCGGAGUGUAGAAUCGGCAGCAUGCACUUCAUUGCUCUGUCUGCCCUCUUCAUCGCCGCAGUACAGGGUGUCAGUCUCAGUCCUCUACAAGUGGCUAUUGUUUGGAUAUUGUGUUCCUUGUCUUCACUGGCUGUUCCUGCUGUUCCAAGCUCCUCCCUUGUCGUAGUCCUCAUCCUGUUGACGUCAGUUGAUGUGGACGGGGAAGCGAUGGGUAUCCUCUUUACAUUAGAGUGGUUCACGGACAGAUUGCGAUCAACUAGUAAUGCCAUGGCCAGUACUAUAUGUACAAUGCUAGUGGAUAAGCUAUGUAGAGGUAAACUAGAAGUGGUUACUUCUGGUAAAACAACAUCGACGGGAGAAGGUGGCGCUGACACCGAUGGCGAUUUUUCUGAUCUGGCUGAUGAUAGUAAAGAUGGCCCGAAUUCUGUUCUAUUAAAGAUACAUUAAAUAUCUCCAAUUUACAAUUUGUUUAUUACCAUUUCGAGAGAGCAGGAAAUGAAAGUGAAUCAUUGACUGUAUUCAUUCAAGUACAUCCUGAUAAGAGUUUAGUUUAUGUCAUGCAUUGAGAACCACUAUCAUACCAGUGU